AUGGCUGACGUGGCGGUGCAUCAAUUCAACAACAUCCUCCUCGGCGGUCGCGGCGCUCUGGCAAGUCCCCUCCGCCCCGCUCGUCACGCUGAUCCCUUCCGUGCCAGCACCCCGCUCGCCUUUCUCCUCUCCCUCCCUCAGCUGCUCCUCGCUUUUCGUUCUUCUGCAAAGUUUUUCACCCCGGGGCAGCUGCGCGUGCACACGGGCGGGCUGGCGUGGCGGAAGCUGGGCGGGGGGAAGCAGGUGGACGUGCAGCGCACGGACAUGGCAGGCGUGGUGUGGAUGCGCGUGCCGCGCGGGUACCAGCUGUGCGUGCGGCUCAAGGCGGGCGGCAAGGUGAAGUUCAACGGCUUCACCAAGGCGGACGUCGACGCGCUCUCGCCCUUCCUCGCCUCCACGCUCGGCUUCCAGCCGCGCAAGAGCGAACUCGCCACCACCGGCCGCAACUGGGGCGACGCCGAGAUCGAAGGCACGAUGCUGGGAUUCCAGGUGGGCGGCAAGCAGGCCUUUGAGAUCUCCAUUGCUGACGUGUCACAGACACAGCUGUCGGGGAAGAACGACGUGCUGCUGGAGUUCCACGUGGACGACACUGCCACUGCUGCUGAGAAGGACAUGUUGGUGGAGAUGAGUUUCCACGUGCCAACAUCCAACACCACCUUCGUUGGCACCGACGACAAGCCCUCCGCACAGAUAUUCCAGGAGCAGAUAUUGGCACGGGCCGAUGUGGGCCCGUCGGGCGACGAGGCGGUGGUGGAGUUUGAGGGCGUGCACAUCCUGACGCCGCGCGGGCGAUUCAAGGUGGAGCUGCACGUCACGCACGUGCGCCUGCAGGGCAUGGCCGUCGACUUCAAGAUCCAGUACAAGAACCUCGCGCGCCUCUUCGUGCUGCCCAAGGCCAACCAGCCGCACACCUUCGUUGUUGUCACACUCGACACGCCCAUCCGCAAGGGCCAGACGCUCUACCCUCACAUCGUGCUGCAGUUCCCCAACGAGGAGACAUUCGAGGGCGGGCUGGCUUUGAGUGACGAGCUGCUCACCACCAAGUACAAAGACCGCCUGCUGCCCGUGUACAAGGGCUUGGUGCACGAGGUGUUCGCUCAGAUCCUGCGGGGGCUGUCGGGCGCCAAGGUGACGCGGCCGGGGUCGUUCCGCAGCAACAGCGACGGGUACGCCGUGCGCACGUCGCUCAAGGCGGAGGAGGGGUACCUCUACCCGCUCGAAAAGAGCUUCUUCUUCCUCCCCAAACCGCCCACGCUCGUGCUGCACGACGAGGUGGAGUACGUGGAGUUUGAGCGGCACGGGGCGGGCACGAGCAGCAUCUCCUCGUCCUACUUUGAUCUGGUCAUUCGCCUGCGCAGCGAGCAGGAGCACCAAUUCCGCAACAUCCAGCGCAACGAAUACCACAACCUCUUCUCCUUCUUCAG